AAGGAACCAAUCAGAUGUUGUUGCUUGGAUUCCUUUGUCUGGAAGUUUCCAUGUGGAAGCUUCCAGAGUCUUUUCUGUUUGUCUGCAGGCUGAACAGAACUGACUCCUGCAGGAUCAUAGGAACUUUCAGGGAAAUCUCAAAGCAGGAGAAAAGUUUCUGUUUGGAGCUUUUUUCUGUGAUUGUGAGACUAGCAGAUGAUCGGAGCUGCUGCUGUUCAGAGGACUUUGGUGUUUGUUGGAGCUGAAGAUCUUCUGCAGCUGCAGGAACCAUGUCUUCAUUUGCUCAGAAAGAUUCUGACAGAGAACAACUUUCUGCUGCUGAAGAAACCUUCAGACUCUGUGAAGGAACCAUCGUCCAGAAUGAAAAUGAGGAGCUCUGUGGUCAGAGCAGACUGAUGGAUAUCACCUGGAACCCGCAGCUUCAGCUCCACAUUGCAGUCCUUCCCCAGCAUUGGGUGACUGAAGAGGAUCUCUGCAACCAGCAGAGGAACUUCAGAGAGGAACAAGAGGAUCUAGAACCUCCACAGACUAAAGAGGAACUGAAAGAACCAGAACCUCCACAGAUUGAAAUGAAACAGGAAGAAACAGAAACUCAGAUUAAAGAGGAAGAGCAGAAACCAGAACCUCCACAGAUUAAAGAGGAACUGAAAGAACCAGAACCUCCACAGGUUGAAAUGAAACAGGAAGAAACAGAAACUCAGAUUAAAGAGGAACAUGAGAAACCAGAACUUCCAUGGGUUAAAGAGGAGCAAGAAGAACAACAACCUCAGAUUAAAGAUGAACAGGAAAAACAAGAAUCUCCACGAAUUAAAGAGGAACAGAAGAAACCAGAACUUCCAUGGGUUAAAGAGGAGCAAGAACACAUCUGCAUCAGUCAGGAUGCAGAGCAGCUUGAUCUAAAGCAGGAGAUUGAUACCUUGAUGGAGAUUCCUUCUCAUCAGGAAAAUGAUCACAGUGAUAAAAGUUUUAGAGACCUAUCUGGUUUCAGAAGACACGCUAGAACUCAUAAUGGAGAAAAGCCUUUUUAUUGUCAGGAAUGUGAUGAAGGUUUUAGUCAAAUGUCGAGUCUCAACUCACACAUGAAAACUCAUACAGGAGAAAAACCUUUUAAUUGUCAAUGUAAUAAAAGCUUUCGUCAUGCAUUUAGCCUCAAAAGGCAUAUGAGAACUCAUACUGGAGAGAAGCCUUUUUACUGUAAAGACUGUGAUAAAAGUUUUAGUCAAAUGUAUAAUUUCAAAUCACACAUGAGAACUCAUACAGGAGAGAAACCUUUUUGUUGUCAAAAAUGUAAUAAAAGAUUUGGUCAUGCAUUUAGCCUCAAAAGGCACAUGAGGAUGAAAAGAAAACAGUGUGUUCUUGAAUAAAAUGUCAGAGUUUAGUUAAAAUUUGAUUUAUUUGUUUUUGUGAUGUAAUAAUCAUAUUUUCUAAGACAAAUCUUUAGAGUUUCAUUGUCUAUAAGCCACAAUCCUCAAAAUGAAUUACUGCAUGUUUAGGAUUAAUCCAUUUAUAUUUGUAUGAUUCUUUACUAUGUGAGUUUUACUUUUUUAAUAUUUUACCUUUCCAGGAAAUUCAUUUUUUUGUGUAUCUUAACAACUAAAUCUUCAGCUCUGGAAUGACUUUUUCCAGUUUUGAAGAUAUUAUCACUUUUUGUAUAGUUUAUGAAUUCGAUUUUAAAAGACAUGAUGGACAUUUUAAAAGCAUUGCUCAAAUUGUUGGUUUUAUUAGAUUACUUUACAUUUUUUAUUACAAUUUUUCGCUUUAAAAUGUUUGCGUUGACCUUUGUGAUUGUAGUUUAUGCUGAAACAUUGUGUAUGUUGUGUAAAUCUGUGAUACUAUGACAACAUUAAAAACAUUGUAAAUAUUGUCUGACAAGUAUAACGCGAUCUUUGAAGCUUUCAUUAAUAUUUUUUAAAAAAAUGACAACAUUUCGUAGCAAAUGUUGUUGAGUGUGAAGAAAUUAUUAUCUUCAAAUUGUAGUAAGGAAGAGAUGGAUAGUAAAAGACUGUCAUUUCUG